GUUGGUACCAUCGACAACUGUUGAUAAUCUUGGGCAAUUACAAAAAGGAGCUACUGUAGGCGGCAAUAGUCGUAACAGUAGCAGUAACAGUAAUAAUACUGAUAACAUCGGUAACGGUAGUGGUAGUAGUGGUGGCGGCUUUGGCAGCGGUGGUGGUGGUGGCGGUGGCAAUAAUACUAGCCACUCGGGCUUCCCUUCUGGCUCGAGUAGUAAAGAGAUACCCACAACUUCUGCUGCAGUAACAGCAACUCCUAGCAUCGGCUACUCGAGCUGCAUCAUGUAUGAUCAACAUCCGUCUAUUGCUGAUUCCUAUUCACUAGUCAUUACCACAUCAGCUGACAAUAAUAAUGGCAAUAAUGGUAGUGUGGCAAUUGGAAAGGUCGACAAUGAUAUCGAAACUCAACUCAGUUAG